UCCCAAGACUGGUCGCAUCUGCUCUCGGGCGCGGGCGCGGGUUUCCUGACCACCGUGCUGCUCCACCCGCUCGACCUGAUCAAGACACGGAUGCACGUGCAGGAGGCGGGCGGCCGUCGGCUGCCCUACUACUCGAACGUGCUGCAGGCCUUCCGCGUGAUUGUGCGCGUCGAGGGCGCGCGCGGGCUCUACCAGGGAGUCGGGCCAAACAUCUUUGGCUCUACCGUCUCGUGGGCGCUCUACAUGUUUGGGUACAACCAGCUCAAGGCCGACCUCACGCGGAUGCAGGAGGCGCGGCCCGCCGACGCGCGCCUCUCGCCGUCGGCAGUGUACAUCGUUGCGGCCACCGCCUCCGGCACGGCCGUCUCGCUCGUGAUGCACCCCGUCUUCACAAUCAAGACGCGGAUGCAGCCGGCGGAUAGAUGCGGGUCGGAGGCCUGUUGGAGCUGGCGCUCGAGAUCACACGAGGGCGUCGCCUCGCUCUACCGCGGGAUCGGCCCGUCCCUGCUGCUCGUCUCGCACGGGUCGGUGCAGUUCCUCUCGUACGAGCACCUCAAGCAGGCCUUCCGCGGCCUCAACGCCGGCCGCGCUCCCGCCGGCGCCGCCGAGGCCGACCUCUCCGCGCCGCAGCUCACCGCCGCCGCGACGGGCUCCAAGGUGGUCGCCACGCUGGUCACCUACCCGUACCAGGUGGUCCGCUCCAUCCUGCAGCAGCGCGCCGUCGUCGGGAGCGACGUGGUGCAGCACGCGACAGCCUCGGGCGCCGUGCGCCACCUCUGGUCGAGCGAGCGGCUGAGGGGCUUCUACCGCGGCCUCGUGCCCCACAUCCUGCGCGCGGCUCCG